ACAAUCGAGGGAAAUGAGGUGAAGUGAAGUAAAGAGUUGUGGCUUUUCAAUGUUCAAAACAUUACAUUGCCUUUUCCAAUAGAUGAAUGUGCUCUCUUUUUCAAUAACUCCGAUUUGAAGUGACGAUACAAAUUGAUAAAGUUGCAAUACGUGCACUGUUUAGAGAGAUGUGUGGGGGAGGGCUAACAUUAACUGAAGCAGGCAGCUAUGCGAGGGCAGACUGGGCAGUGGUUUCCUGCGAUAAAUGAGGGGUCCGAGUUAGUGUGUUGUGUUAUCGCCUGAACAAUUAAACACUGUUAGCUGGUUAGAAACUGUGUCGAUACCGCGCAAACACUGCUAAAAUGACGGCGUGUAGCGAUCGGAUACUCUUAACGUGUCUAAUUUUGGAUCUGUUUUCGAGGUGGUAUGCGUUGGAUGAUAUUUCCAUCCGUGUUAAUCACACCGGACCAAUGAAAGUGGACGAGGGGUAUGAGUUCCAGUGUGACAUUCACACUGUGGCUGAGGUUGUUGUGAGAAUGUACAAAGGACACCAUCAAGUGAAUGAAACAAUCUUCACCUUCAAUACUUCAGACAGAAAUCCAUAUAAAGUCCAGAUCCAUCCAAAUAAAAAUGAUGAUGGAGCUCAGUACUGGUGUGAAGCAGAGCAGAAACUGGGAGAAGAAUCUCAACGUCCUAAAGUCACAUCAAAACCUCUGAGCAUUACUGUACAUUAUGGACCGAUCAUCAAUAAGACCAAACUGCCCUCCAUAGUGCCUGUGUUUCGAGGAUAUCCAGUGGAGAUUGUUUGUGAAGCCGAGGGAAACCCAACACCAUCAAUCAGAUGGAAUCUCAGCACAACUGAUAUAGUCUAUAGUGAAACUCUUACUAUAACAGAAUCAACACCUGAGGAUCUGCAAUGCAUUGCAAACAACUCAGCUGGCAUCACCAUCAGAUGUGUAAAAGUGGUGUUAAAAGAGGAUUACCUGCCUUUAAUAGCAGGACUUGUUGCCAUCACAGUGGCGUUCAUCUCUGUCAUCUUCAUCUUCAUCUACUCCAUCUACUACAAAAAGGCCAAGAUGGGCCGUUAUAACCUGAAGGAUGUCAAGCUUAGUCAACAAAAUGGAGACAUAGCACAGAAUGGCAAAGACAAUAGUAUUCCUAUGAAGAAACUCUCUCAGUCCAAUAUCCUUGCUUAGGUUAUGAAAUGAAUCCCUGGGUUUGUUGCAUCUGCCGAGCCCCAUUGUCCACAUUGGGCAACGUUUUGUUUUUUACACUGUAUCUAGCCCUCUGUUCUGGGGCUAUUAGUCUCUUCAUGAUUUUAUGAAGAAUUGGUGCAUUCGCUUCUCUCUUAUGUCCAGUGUUAUUCAACUGCUAAUUGCAAAGUAACGAAAUAAACUUUCACGCAAUCUGCAAUGGAAAAUAUCUGACAGAACAAAUGUUAAGGUGUUGGCAAAGAAAUGCUGAACAAAUUUCAAGUUGAAAUUGAAGUGAUCUUUCAGGAUCUUAAUGAUUCUCUACGAUAUUCUUCAACUACAAAGGGAUAUUACUUGGUUAAUUAAUAUUUGCUUUGCACACUAUAGUUUAAGGGAAUCACACACUUUUAAGCUCUUGUUCGAUUGUGUAACAAAACUUUUCUUUUGUAUAUGUCCCAGGCACAUUGAUCAAAUUAUGUUUUGUCAAAUGCUAUACAUACAGUAUUUUGAGAGAGAAACUAUUGUUGAGUCUUUUACUCUGUUCUUCCUUUAAAGUUUCAGUUCUUCUGGAGAAAUCCGCACUUUAGAGUUUGACUAUGAAGAAGUGAAAGUUCUUCUCUCAUGUUGAACCUGUGGGAAGAUAUCUUGAUGCCUUUCUGAAAAUUCUCUCAGGCCUCAUAGUCUGUGAAAAAACAACAAUGCUGGACAUAAAAUAAGUGUGCCAGUUUUAUGGCUCAAGCAGUUUAAUGAUGUUAAAAACAUUAACUAAAAAAUGACAAGUCUGGCUUUUUUUAACCACCCUUUUGUGGUUGUAUAGUAAAAACUGUAAAGAUCUUUCGAAGUUUCACCUUUGUGCUCCACAAAACUUUGGAAUAACAUGAGGGCGAAGUAAAUGAUGACAGAAUUUUCAUUAUUAUUUGAACUUUGUUUCAUAAUUUAUCUUACCUGUAUUCUUGUGUGGUUUAAAUUAUAUUAAUGGAAUUAACAGUCUGUCCUUUUAAGCACAAUGCAUGUGAUUUGAAUUUGUAUAUACACAUGAGAAAAUUUUAGAAAACAUAUCAUUUGUUUAAAAAAAUCUAAAAUAAAAAAAGGCUAUUUGUGCUUUUUACACAUCUUGCAAAAUAAUUGAACAUCUGAUUUUGUAUUGAACAACUGUGUGUUUUAUUAAGGGGGUAAAUGCAGAGGUGUUGUGUAUAUGUACUGAAAUAAAUAAUUUUUUUUUUACCUCA